CAUGGCUGUUGGCAGUUAUCAAACAUGGCGGCCUCCUGUGUAAGAAUUAUCCGAACAGCACUAACAGGGAUGCACCUUGCUCCCGGUCGGUUGUUUCCCUCUCAGCUCAGCAGAACACCGACAGUAUGUCAACGUUUGCAGCUGCAUGUCUCCCCCGCUGCUUCCCUGUGCAGCUCCAGUGCGGAACCGAAGAAAAGCACCCAGACAAACACUUCAGCGAAAGCCCAAGAAAUGGAAACGGAGGACAUCGAAGGUCCUGAGUACAUCCCCAGGAGAAAGGCUAAGAACCCCAUGAUGAAGAUAGGUUAUGCCUGGAUGAUUGGUCUACCCACGGGAAUAAUCGGCUUCAUCCUGGCCAAGAGACAAGUGGACAAAAACCGACUGAAGCAGCUAAAGAUCAGACAGAGGAUGAAACAAUCAAAUGAGGGAGAUUAUGAAGGGAGUCGCUACCGCCACCAUGCAAAGGAGCCUAAACUGGACCAAUGAUACAUAUCCGAUAUGAUUUCUAUCGUAUCCUGGGUGACACUUGGACUACUGCUGAAAGACUAAUAUUGGUUUAAUGGAAGAAAACAAAAGGUUUAUAUGUAUAUUUAAACAAAACUCACCACUGUAUAUGAACCAGAUAGAAACUCAGAAAAGUCUUUAUUUGAUAUGAAAAAGCAAACAGAUUUUCAUUAUGAAUGAUAUGUAUAAUUACACCCCCCACUUACACUUAGCUCUGUGCUUUAUAUGCUGAAUUGAGUAAAGGUUUGUAU